AUGGCGAUGGAGCUCUGUGCCUCCCAACCUAUUUCCCACCUUCCCGUUUUCUCCACUCUUCUCGCCGGAAACCCUCAGCUCCGUCCGAAGCACGCUCUUCCGAUCAAAAUGACCCUGCCUUCGCGCACUACUCGCACCCUCCUCCACUUCCGUUAUCGUGAUUAUGCUAUUUCGCUGCCAAGAGCAGCAGCCUCUGACGACUCAAAUGGAUAUAGUCCCUUAAUUACUGAAGAACGGGAUAGCGUGACAACCCUGGAAGAUUCUCCUUCUGCUUCUUCGGUCGCGUUGGAAGAUUCUCCUGCUGAGGAGCUCGCGUCCAGCGAGAUUGCGGCAUCUGAAGUACCUAAAGAAGAACCAGUUGAGGUUGCGCCCGUCGUAACGCUGGAAGAUUCUCCUUCUGCGGAAAAGAACGAAAUAGCGACAUCUGAAGAACCUAAAGAAGAACCAGUUGUGGGAUUACUUUACUUGCAGCUCGAGUCUGGUGAUACAUACAGUCUUGUCCUAUACGGUGCUGGUGCUUUUGUUGGCAUUUGGUUGGUUUCAGCCAUUGUUGGUGCUGUCGAUUCCAUCCCAUUGAUCCCCAAGUUGUUGGAAGUUGUGGGGCUUGGCUACACAGUUUGGUUCACAGCCCGCUUCUUGUUAUUCAAGGAAAGUAGAGAUGAAUUGGCUGCCAAGAUUGGUGAGGUAAAGGAGCAAGUUCUUGGUUUAGAUGACGACUGAUUUGGUCACCAAAUUUUUUCUUGUUAUACGUAGGUAGGUAGUUUACCUUYGCAUAGAUAGCUGGAUGUGCUGAUGAACAUAUAUGAUAUAGAUCAUUACAUUUGCUUUUCUAAUGGAAAAGUCAACAUUACAUUGAUAGAA